AUGGCGGCAAGCAAGUCCCUCGGCUACUUCGCCACCGCCGAAGAGGCGGCCACCGCCUACGCUCGCUCAGAGUACGGCCGCGCCGACGCCGCCAAGCUGCUGCAGCCCCGCCCUGCUCCCACUGCCGCUGGCGCUGAGGCGAUACGGCAGGCGGGGAGGGAGGGCCUCACCCUGGCCGCCAGCAGCAACAUCAGCGGCUACAAGAACGUGAUCAAGCCGAAGGAGCGAAGCAGCAAGAAGUACAAGUUGUCGGUGACGGUUGGGAGCAAAAAUGUGCACCUCGGCUACUUCGCCACCGCCGAGCAGGCGGCGCUCUUCUACGCCCGCAGGGAGGCGGGCAGGGACACCAGCGAUCUCACCGCGCCGCCGCCGCCGCCGCCGCCACCCGCGCCUUCCUCUGCUACUGGCGCCGAGCUAGGCUGA